AUGGCUAAACCCAAUGGAGAGUCCUUCAUUGUGAAGUUUGUGGAGAGUAAUGGAGCAAAGACUGAGUAUGGGACUAAAGCCUAUGAGGCCAUUUUAGAGCUGCAGUCGGAGAAGCACUUAAAAACCAUAGAUGAAGAUGAAGUUUUACAGAUGGAACAGAAAGACAAGUCUUUAUUUGUCUUCAACAGUUUCUCCUGUCCUGCUUUUGUACACUGUAAAAAGCUGGGGUGCAGAGUGGUGAGUCCACUUGUGGUGCUGUAUUGCCUACAGCAGCAGCGGUGUGUCCCUAAGGCGGAGAUGCCGGUCUACAACAUGGCCAUGGCAGACGUCACAAUUUCUUGCACUAGUCUGGAAAAGUCUGCCAGAAAAGAGGUUAUGGAGUUGGUCCAGCUCAUGGGCGGACGCGUGUACCUGGACCUAAAUGUUUCUGUGACACAUCUCAUCGCUGGAGAAGUAGGAUCGAAAAAAUACUUGGUCGCAGCCAGCCUGGGAAAGCCCAUUCUCCUGCCCAAGUGGGUGAAAACCUGCUGGGAGAAGUCACAGAACAGUCUCUUCAGGCACACGGACAUGUCCACAGACGGGUACUUGUGCCCAGUGCUGCAGGGGUGUACCGUGUGUGUGACCGGCCUCUCCAGCACCGAGCGCAAAGAGGUUCAGCGCCUCUGUGAGCAGAACGGAGCCGCCUACACCGGGCAGCUCAAGAUGAACGAGUGCACCCACCUCAUCGUGAGCGAGCCCUCAGGUCAGAAAUACGAGUGUGCGAGGAAAUGGAACGUGUAUUGUGUGUCUCUGCACUGGUUGUUCGACAGCAUCGAGAAAGGCUUUUGUCAAGACGAAAGCCGCUACACGGUGGAACGCAACGCAAAGAGCACACGGCCGCACACUUCCACUCCCACAGGCAGCAACAAGAAACCAGAAGGCGUCUCGCUGCUCGGACUCAGCCACAUCUCGGUGAACUCCAGCAUGCCCAUAAACGACACGGCCCUCACCAACCUCACCAACAGGACGCUGAGUCGCCUGGAGGCCGCUGACCCUGUGGACAGCUUUGACAUCACCGUCUGUCCGACUGAUGACAUUCUGGACGGUUGCAAGCUCUAUCUCUGUGGUUUACCCGGGAACAAAUUCGAAAAACUGCGACGUCUUGUCAAUUCCGCCGGAGGUUUGCGAUUCAACCAGCCCAGCGAGGAGCUCACCCACGUGGUCAUGGGAGAUCUGGACUCUGAGCUGAAGAGUUUUGUCUCCAAAGCGUCUCACAGGCCUCAUGUGGUCACAGUGCACUGGCUCCUGGACAGUUUCUCCAAAGGCAGUCUGCUCCCGGAGUCGGACUACCUGCACCCUGAAUGUCUCCCCCCUGCCACCCCCGCAGUCAAGGGCCUCACCCCUCCAUCUCGACUGUCUCUGCCCCCACCUGCCGCCAGUCCUGCCACCCCGAACCACAAGAGGGCAGACGACGACCUCCUGUCCCAGUAUAUGGACGAUGAGCCUACUGUCGUGGACUUUCCCGCCGCGGCCCCCGACACCAGCCGGCGGUCUGUGUGCACUCCUGGACCUCCAGCAGAGCCUUGGAGCCAGAGCCAGAGCCUGAGACAGGAGCCCACAGAGGCAGGACUGUUCGGGGGGGCCCUCUUCCUCCUGGUGGGAUUUGGAGCAGAGAUGGAGGCCCAGCUCUCGCAGCUCCUUGCAGAGAACGGCGGGCGGACGGUGAGCGGCAGGACGCGCGCCGUGGCGGAGUACGCGGUGGUGCCGGUGCUGGGCUGCUCUGUGGAGGCUACGGUGGACGAGGUGGUCACCGACACGUGGCUGGUCAUGUGUGUGGAAAAGGAGAGUGUGUUGGAUAUUUUCUCCAACCCUCUGUUUACUCCUGUGCCGGUGAUGGAGGGUCGACUGCCUCUGAACAACUGCGUCCUGUCCGUCAGCCAGUUCACCGGAGCGGAGCGCGAGUCUCUGGUGGAUCUCGCCAAACAUCUCGGAGCAACCGUCCAGGAUUACUUUGUGCGUCUGGCCAACCUGAAGAAGGGCAUGCAGGCCAGCACUCACCUGGUGCUGCAGACCCCGGACGGAACCAAGUACCAGGCGGCGCAGAAGUGGGGCCUCCCUGCGGUCACCAUGCACUGGAUCCUGGAGUCGGCUCGAAAGGGACAGAAGGCCAAAGAGGAGCGCUUCUACGUGGACCGCCCUCCGUCUCCAGAGAAAGAAGAGGAGAGUUACGUCAUGGGCUCCCAGAGGACAGACAUGCCGCCGCCGCCUCCUCGGCUCAGCGCCUCCCCGGAGAUCCCGCUGCUCGGCCCACAGACGGGGAAAGCGGUGACGCCUCUGGAUCUGGGCCGGUUCCAGAGCAGAAUAUUCCGCUCGGGUUUCGAAGACUCCAAACAAAGUGAAGAUGAGAAGAAGGCCGAGCAGGUCCAGGAGACGAGGGGGAGGAACCAGCUGAAGAAAGAGCCGUCUCUGCAGCUGGACACGCCGUCGCGAUUCCUCAACCGCGUCACGACCAAACCGGCGUUUAAUGUCAAGGAUGGACUGGGAGCUCUGGACACACCUGGAGGAAGACCUGUCCCUGGACAAAAGGCGGAGACUCCUCUGACUGACGUCAUCAACAGAAACCUCAAAGUGGCUCUGGCCAACAGCUCCCGCAGCGAGCAGGAGCUGUCCGCCAGCCCACAGCUCCACCACGCUGCUGCUCAGAUCCAGGAGAAGGAGGCCUGCCCCCUGACCGGUGUUGUGAUCUGUGUGGGGAAGAAGCUGAGCAAAAUGCAGAGCGAACUGAAUGCCGUGGCUGCUUCUCUCGGCGCCGACUUCAGGUGGGCCUGUGACGACACCGUGACGCACUACAUUUACCAGGGUCGAGUCGGAGACAACACUCGAGAAUACAGAGCCGUGAAGGAGCGAGGCCUGCACGUGGUCUCCCAUCACUGGCUCCAGGCCUGCGCCGAGGAGCAGAGGCAUGUCCCCGAGUCGCUCUAUCCCUUCACCUUCAACCCCAAGAUGAGCCUCAACCUCAGCCAGGUCCCCAGCAGCACCCAGCGGUCGCCGGUCAAACCCAGCCAGGCCCAAGUUCCCAGCACGGUUGAAAACGGCGCCGCAGAGGACGCACCGGCUCGGCGGGUCAGUGACGGCAGCGUGGAGCAGGACGACCCAGAUGCUACGAGAACUGAGAACGGAGAAACUGUGGAGAUGAGAGAGAAUUUGCAAAGGCAGCUGCAGGAGAUCAUGUCGGCGACCAAGCUGACCACAGGGAGGCGUGUGUCCGUCAGACUGACCAGGAAGGGCUCGUCUGGGGCCGACCCGGGGCCACAGACCCCCGGGAGGAGCGGCAGAGGACGCACUCUGGAAGCUCUCAGAUGUUCAAGAGAAGCCGCCAUGGACAUAAACACGGAGCCGUCUCAGAGCGAGCAGAUCGUGUGGGACGACCCCACGGCCCGCGAGGAGAGAGCCCGACUCGCCGACAACCGGCAGUGGCCCGGGAGUCCCUCACAGCACUCUGAGCCCUCAGCGCUCCCUCAUCACGCCACAGACCACCCCCAAGACAAGGACCCCCAGUACAAGGACUCUAUGACCGACUCGGAGCUGGUGGAAAUGGCUGCCCUCGGGGUCAUGGAUCAGGAGCUGGGGCAGAGAGACCAGCGUCCACAGACCCCCUCCACCCCUGAGGCCCCCAGCAUCGCCUUCCCGCUCGCCAACCCCCCGGUCGCACCAGAGCCACAGAAAGAGAAGCCGCCGCCGUGUUUUCAGAUGUCCUCCCUGAGUCCACAAGAGCGCAUCGAUUACAGCCACCUCAUCGAAGAGCUGGGUGGCGUGGUCCUGGAUAAACAGUCCUUCGACCCCAGCUGCACACACAUCAUCGUGGGGACCCCUCUCAGGAACGAGAAGUACCUGGCGGCGAUGGCGUCCGGGAAGUGGAUCCUACACCGCUCCUACCUGGAGGCCUGCCGCUCCGUGGGACACUUCGUAGAGGAGGAGGAUUACGAAUGGGGCAGUAGAUCCAUCCUCAGCGCUCUGCCCUCCAUCACGUCGCAGCAGAAGAGGCUGGCGUUGGCGGCGAUGCGCUGGAGGAAGACUCUGCAGGGACGCUCGGAUCAACAGGGCUCCUUCACCGGCUGGACAGUGAUGCUGAACAUCGACUCGAGCAGAGACACCGGCUUCAGGCGCUUACUGCAGUCAGGAGGAGCCAAGGUUCUGCCCAGUCCUUCUCCGUCUCUGUACAAAGAGACCAGUCACCUGUUUGCAGACUUCAGCCGCCUGAAGCCUGGAGACUUCCGAGUGGACAUAUGUGAGGCGUCCGCGCAGGGAGUGACGUGUCUGAGGCCGGAGUACAUCGCAGACUACCUCAUGCAGGAGCCAGCCCCACCCAUCGAGCUGUACUAUCUGACCGACGCCCACUCCAAAGAAUCCCCCAGCACGCCGUCUCGCAAACGCAAAAAUGCAUCCGACCAUUCCAAGCUCAAAAAGAGCCGCUUGAACUGA